CAUUCAAUGCGAUGUAACAAUGUUUCAGCAAAAGCAAUUUGUUGGCCUCAACGUACCGACGCAGGCCUUCUGCUCUGCGGCCUUUAACCCCCCUGCACACAGGAGGGACAGAAGAGUUCAUGUUUCUCCUGCGUACCACCAAACAUCCCCGUGCACGUGGCAGAGUAGAACCACUGUCUGCUUGAUUAUCUGUGAGAGGAGAGGAAGAUGUACUCUGCAGAGUUUUUAUCAGAGCGUCAGAUGAGGAGAGAAGUGGGUGAUGAAGAGAGAUAGAGAGCUGAGAUGACAGCUGUUUGACGGAGGCACACGUGAAACAUCAAAUGUAAACGACAGAAGAUGCAACACGCUGGAGAGACACAGAGCAACACAUCCAUCUACCAAGAAUGAGUGAAACUCCAAAAGAGCUUGAGCCUCAGCUUUCAGUCCAGCCAUCGUCCCAGCCAGAACCUGAGAGGAGGCUUCAGCUGCCACUCCCCUCCCAAGACCCCCACGACACCCGUCAACACACUCAGCUCCAGCUGUCAGAGUCUGAGCCCGAGCACCAGCACCAAGCACCGCCAGUGUGGAUAAACCAUCGCCGGGGGCUCCUCUUUCUGGGGUUCAGCGUGUGUGCUGCUAUUCUGGGACUUAUUUGCUAUAAGCAUCGUCAUCUCCUAAAUAGGAGCAACAACCAGGAAGGCAAAGUGACUCCAUGUCUCUCCCCUGCCUGUCAGUGGGCCUCGGCUCAGCUGUCCAUGUCCGCUGAUCCCUUCACGCAGCCCUGUGAUUACUUCUUGUUCACAUGUGGAUCUGACAGACUCUCAGCAGACAGUGGGGGGAGGCAGAGAGGUCAGGGCAUCCCUGGACAUCCACAGAACCAGAAGGAAACGGCUGCGUGGCCGAAGAGACGAGGACAGAGUGGAGCGAGAGACGACAGAGGACUGAGAGGGGAGAAGAUCCUGGACAGAAGAAGUGUGCUGCUGCAGUAUCUCAGGGAGAUGCUGGAAUCAAACGACAGACCGGGUCGUGCAGCGGUGCAGAAGGCCAAAGCAUUUUACCAUUCCUGCCUGGACACUAAAUCCAUAGAGACUGCUGGAGCAGAGCCCUUCCUCACACUCGUUCAGAACCUGGGAGGCUGGGCCGUGUCAGGCCAGUGGAAUCGCACUGACUUCAACGCCACGCUGAGCCUGCUGAUGAGAGACUACGCCACCUUUCCGUUCUUCAACCUCUACGUGGGUAAAGACCCAAAUGAAAUUGCGCGCGGGACAACCAAAAGAUACAUACAGAUCGAUCAGCCAGAUCUGUUGAUCCCGAUCGAAUGGAACAGCAAGACACUGAAGUCUCAAGCUAAAACUCAGACGCUACUUCCCUUCUUGGCUUCCUGUCAGAGGUACCUGGCACUGCUGGGGGCCCCGUCCAGCAGCAGCAUGAUCCACGUGGGCACGUUCAUCUCUCUGUCCUCUGAGCUCGCUGUGUCGGCCGCACCUCUGCACCAUCGCCACACACAAGGACAGCUGUAUCAGCGCAUGACCAUCAGAGAGCUGCAGAGCAAGGCCCCUGCCAUUGAUUGGCUGGCCUGUCUGCAGGCCGCUUUCCAUCCCCUGCUCCUCAUCGAAGACGAUCAGGUCCUUCUGCAUAACUCACUCUACAUCGUGCAAAUGUCCCACAUCAUCGGCAAAUGGCUGAAGAGGCACGAGCUGAGCACCAGCAGCCCCGUUCAUACCUACAUGCUCCUGAAUCUGCUGCACACCCUGAUGCCUGCUCUGGACUCCAGGUUUACUGAAACGGAGAAGAACUUGUCGUUGGCUCUGGGUAACACUGACGAGGGCGGCCCUCGUUGGAAACGCUGUGUGCUGGAGACCGAGAGAGGAUUUGACUCAGUUCUUACACACCUUCUCAGGGAAAGGACGGCACACAGAGAGGCAGAGGAGAUUAUUCAGAAUAUCUUUUCCUCCUUCAAAUCCAAAUUACGUGAGCUCAAGUGGACAGAUCAGAAGUCGUUCCGGUUCGUCAUGAGAAAGGUUCAGUCUUUAAUCCCAAGACUUUGGACUACAAGAGAGAUUUCCAGUGAGGCUGAGAUUGACCAGCUUUUUUCCAAGGUGACAGUCGGCACUCACGGCUUCUUCUCCAACUACGUCCAGCUACUGUCUCUGUGGCAAAAGAGACGCAGGCGACUCCUGACUGAGCAGGAUGAGGCGGCUGACAUUCUGUCCGUCACACCAUUUCUCCUCGGCGAUGAGCUCCUCUUUCCCAUGGGAAUGUUUCUCCCUCCUCUCUUCCAUCCUAACUAUCCUAGGGCAAUGAAUUAUGGUGUACUGGGUUUCCUCACUGCCAAAGAUAUCCUGCACCUGCUUCUGCCUGACAUUUACUCUCAGAGUGAGACAGUGCAUGAUGUGGGGGAGUGUGUGUGGGAUCACUACCUCACCGCGACAGAGAAAGCGGGACGAGGAGCGUUCUCUCUGUCAGCAGCGCAGCAGCAGGAGGUGUGGGUGCAGUACUCUGCACUGCAGAUCGCAUUGCAGUGUUUUCCUCAGGCGUAUCAUCAGAGUCUAAAGAAUGAUCCGGAGGACACGUCCAUCUCAGGAUUAUCACACACUCGUCUGUUUCUCACAUCUUUUUCUCAGGUUAACUGUGACUCAGACCCGUACCGUGAAUUCAUGCCGUUGGAGCCUUCCUUCUUGAUUACAGUGAUUUGUGCCAAUUCCGACCUGUGUCCCACGAGCCUGCAGUGUGCCAAUAAAACCCAGCAGCAUUCAUUUCAAACAUGCUGAGUUCACUAAUCUGAAGACUAACAACCUGCAGGUUUUGUUUUUGUAGUUACUGAUUAUUAUGCACUUAUGUAUGUUUACAAACUGUUGUUAAAAAGAUAGCAUAUUUAUUAUAAGAGAUCUUUAUGGUGAGAGUAGUUACAGUAUGUGCAGGUAAAACAAACAUUUUGUAUCAGUAGUUGUGUUUGGAUUUUACAUAAAUUGCACACGCUGUUACAUAAUCAUAUAUGUGAAAUAAACACCGUUUUCACAUCAUGUUUCACAACUAUACUUUAUAGAAGUAACAUGAAGCAUGCUUUGUUUUAUGUAUUGUUAAAAAGUAUUUCAUGUGUUAUGGAAUUGGCUGUACAGUAUUGCUGUUCCUGUUUUAAUGUAUUUUAUGUGUCUUUAUUACACCAGCCCAGGGACUACAAUUGAAAAUGAGCCACGCACAAUGUGCAUUGUCCCUGUAACUUUAAACUGUAUAAAUAAAAUAUAUUACAAUGUU